AUGGACAUGAAAGACGAUGGCAGGAGAGAGGAGGGGGACUGUGACAUGAAAGAGCAGCCGAAGGUGGCCACGGGCCUGAGUAUAUACUUCCGUGCCCUUCCUUACCUUCGCCCUAUGGCUUCUAUGGGAUCCCCCGAGAUGACGAACGAGGAGGGUUGGGUUGGAAGUUGCGGGCAGGUGGAUCAUCCGGAUUCCGAAUCGGGGUUGCAGGGAGUUGCCCUGCAGAUACAAGAUGCAGGUGCAGAUGCAGAUGCAGAUGCGGGUGCGGGUGCGGGUGCGGGUACCAAGGAUGGAAAUGGAUAUUGA